GACAAAUACAUUCAAAGAAGUUAUGUAGCAAGUUGCAUUAUAAACAUUUAAUUGCAUGAAGUCCAACACACUGAUAUGUUCAUCUCUUUGUUAUUGAAACCACAAAGUGUGACUCACCAGCACGUUCAGACUGCAUAUUGAAACUGACGCACACAUUCUCUGAAAAAGACCCACACCAGUGGGAGUGUCAAAUUCACACCAAAACUGUAACUGCACACAUAUACAUAGAUCUGAAGAGAUAAGUUGAUGAAUUGCCAAAGUAUGAACUUAAUUGACAACAAGUGUGAUAAUCAUUAAGCCUUGUAUAAAUAAACUAAAUGCUGAACAUCAUUUCAACUUUACAAAUGGGAGGGUUUUCUGCGUCCUACACCCCCAUCAGUGUGCAGCGUAGGAGCCACAGGUCCCCUUUGGUAUAGGGCCAAGCCUGUGCUUAUAGAACCAGGGUUACAUUAUUGUUACCUGCCUCCUUACUUAUACAGGCUAGAUUUAACCCCUUGCCUCCACGAAUGGAGUAUGGACUCCGCGAACUGGAGAGAAUAACCCACUCUCGGUGUCCCGUCCAUCCAUUCUGUUAUGACUGUGAGAGGAUGAGCGACCAGCUGUGGCGCAGCAGCCAAAAAGCGGUGAUAUUCUGUCUCGGUCCUCUCCGCCGUCGCAUGAACAGCAUGGAAAGGGAAGAGCCGAUGAUGAGCUUUGGUUUUACAGAAAAGGGUUCAGGUAAAGCCAGUCAGCAGGCCAUCGGUGUGUACGGAAACGGUUUCAAGUCUGGCUCAAUGCGUCUGGGCCGCGACGCGCUCAUCUUCACCAAGAAUGGUGGCUGCCAGACUGUGGGAAUGCUGUCUCAGACCUACCUGCAAAACAUCAAGGCCCAGGCCGUCAUUGUCCCCAUCGUCCCCUUCAACCAACAAACCAAGUCUCUGGUGGUGACCGAGGACUCGGAGGCCAGCCUGGCAGCCAUCCUCCAACACUCCAUCAUCACCUCCUCGGAGCAGAUACACGCACAAUUUGACUCCAUUCUCUCCAAAAAAGGCACCAAGAUAUUAAUCUGGAACAUCCGUAGGGCAAAAGAUGGCAAGCCAGAGAUAGACUUUGAGACCGAUGUGAGCGACUUCCGUUUGCCCGAGAUUCAAAACGAGGAGCUGAAGAAAUAUCUGAGGACCGGUGGAUCCCUGGGAGCCAGAUAUGACAUCCCUGACAUACACUACAGUCUCAGCGACUACCUCAGUAUCUUGUAUCUGAAGCCGAGGACACAGAUCUUUCUGAGGGGGAAGAAGAUUCUAGUUAAGCUGGUGUCGAAGAGGCUGAAACACAUUGAACAUGACGUGUACAAACCCCACUUCAGUAAAGAGAAGGUGAAGGUGACCUUUGGGCUGAACCCGAAAAACAAAGACCACUUUGGCAUCAUGAUGUACCACAAGAACCGACUCAUUAAAGCCUACGAGAAAGUGGGCUGCCAGCUGAAGGUUUCAGGUCAAAGGGCAGGUGUUGGGGUCAUCGGUAUCAUCGAGUGUAACUUUCUCAAACCUGCCCACAACAAGCAAGACUUUGAAUACACCAAAGAAUACAGACUCACCCUCGGUGCUUUGGGCUUAAAGCUGAACGACUAUUGGAAAGAGGUGACAGAGAAGAAGGCCAGAGAGCGUGAGUUUCAGGCUGUGGAAAGUAAUGAAGAUGCAGACCAGCAGGACGCUGACGAGGGUCCCAUGUGGUUACAGUGUGAAGACUGCCUGAAAUGGCGAAAUGUCCCUGCAAGUCAUUACAAUGUGGUUCCUGAAAGCUGGACCUGCAGCCAGAACCCCAAUCUAAAUUACAGAAGUUGCUCUUCACCAGAGGAAGCAGAAGACAGCGAGGAGCUGUUAACACCCAGCUACCAGAAAAACCACAAGAAGCAAGAGCAUCCCAAAAGCAGAAAACGAGAAAAAUCCUUGGAGGUGAGGGAGUCCCAGGACCAAACCCAGAAACAUCAGUUCCUCUCACGCAGUUCAUCAGAGCCAAGUCGGCCCACCUUCCGGGCAGGUCGACGCCACACAGAGGAAGACACACUCGGGCCAGACCCGACGAGCACAGUUCACCUGACAGACACACACGUUCACGACGAUGUGCAGACACAAAGCACAGUCACAGCUGAAGUCACGCACACGCAACAGAGUCGCGCUGGAAGACACACAGUCAUUGAAGGCAAGACACAAGUCACCCAUGUGGAAAAGGAGACCAUUGAUAACAGGGGAGAAGCUAAAGAGAGAGACACAGACGUGGACCCGGUUGAAAGAGAAGAGGAGAACACAGACGCAAAAAGCCACAAGAGGAAAUCAGGAUCGUUAAUUGACUCUGUGAAAAAGAAGCUGUGUCUUCAGGAGGAGCAGCCGGACUCAGAAAAUACAGUCAAAGAGAUGAACCCUGAGAAACCAACAGAUAUACCCGAGACGAUGUCCUCAGAGAAGACCAGGCCUGACGGUAGCAGCCGAGUGGAGAAACCAGGUGAUGCAGCACAGCGAACGCCCACCAAUCUCCCCUGGACCCACUCGCUCCCCUCCACGCAGACUGUGAUGGUAUCCCCUCUGAGUCGAACAGAAGGGCCUUGGAGCCGAACCCUGCCCCCAGAGGGCAGUGGGCGGGAAGCUAACAUGCAGAAGCUGGCCGGGUUGGAGAAAGAGGCCCAGAGGCUACGAAGGCUUCUAACUCUGGAAGUCACAAAGACAACUCAAGGCACGAUGACAACUGCUGAUAGCAGCGCUGAAAAGCCCACAGCAGGGCCAGAGACGAGUCCAGCAUCCAGAGCAAGCAGAGAGGUCGGCUGCCAGACCGACUUGUCUGAGAGCUGCAGUUCAUCCAGCCUGACCCCGGCUCCAGGACGUCUGGGGAUGGUGGUCCUGGGUCAGAGAGCUGUGUGCGGGUUAAUAGGGCAGCCUGAGCAGAACGUGUCUAAGAAGGAGAAGACAGAAGCUCAUAGCAGGAUGAGAGUCGGGGACAACGAGGCCUGUGAAAGCAACAGAUCUUCACAAGAAGAUCUGCACAGCAUCCGUAACAACGUGGUGGUGCUUCUCACGGCCCUCUUGCCUCAACUGGACCUGGCUGGCAUCAGCAUGGAGACCACCGACGUGGACAACAUCCUGCAGCAGAUCAUAGAGGUCAACUCACUGAAGCUAUGAUCUGUGUCGUUAUGAAAUCAAGAUUGAUGUGUUUUUCUAUGGAAAGUUUGGAUUGGACUUUGUAGUCUUUGUUGUCAGACAAACACUGUCUCUUGUUGUGAGCAUUUCGGUCCAAUUGACGUACAUGCAACUUUUAAUUUGAUAUUUUCCGUUUCUAGAAAGUGUGAUGCAUUGCUAUUUUUUUGGUUUUGAAUUCUGUUUUUACUGACUAUUUAAAUUAGUUUUAUACGCAUGUGGUCAACUUGGAUGCAUACUUGUUUCUAGAUUUGUCCACACAAACAUAAAUGAGUUUUUUUACAUUUGCAUUAAAAUGCUGAACCAUUUA